AUGCUGCUGCUCGGUCUGGUGCUGCUGCUGCUGCCGGUCUCUGCCGCCGACCUCCCGGGGACGGGUCCGCCGCUCCGGGGGCCGGGGCUCGGCUUCUCUCCGCCGGUACCUGCCUCUGCCUCCGCCCCGCCGCUCCUCCUCCUUAUCCCGCAGCCCGGAGCGGAGCACCGGGCUCCCGGUGUCGCCUUGGCCCGAUCCGCGGCGGAGGAUCCGACCGGCCCCGCGGAGGAGGAGGAUGGGGGGCAGCAUCAUCACGGCGGCGGGUACCGGAUGGUCCAGUGGGAGUGGAGCUACGUCCAGACCCCGUUCAUCAUCGCCAUCUGGCUCCUGGUGGCCAGCGUGGCCAAGAUCUUGUUCCACUUCUCCCAGCGCUUCACCACCGUGGUUCCAGAGAGCUGCAUGCUGAUCCUGCUGGGCCUGGUCCUGGGCGGCAUCGUCCUCAUAGCCAAUAAGAAGCAGCUGUAUCAGCUGGAGCCCGCCCUCUUCUUCCUCUUCCUCCUGCCGACCAUCGUGGGCGACGCCGGGUACUUCAUGCCCGCCCGCCUCUUCUUCGACAACCUGGGGGCCAUCCUGACGUACGCCGUGGUCGGGACGCUGUGGAACGCCUUCUGCACCGGCUUCUGCCUGUACGCCGCCAAACUGCUGGGGGUCAUAGAUGAGCGUGUGCAGGCCGACCUCAUGGACUUCCUCCUGUUCGGAGCGUUGAUCUCGGCCGUGGACCCGGUGGCGGUGCUGGCCGUGUUCGAGGAGGUUCACAUCAACGACAUGCUCUUCAUCAUCGUGUUCGGAGAGUCACUGCUCAACGACGCCGUCACAGUGGUUUUAUAUAAAGUCUACAUUUCCUUCGUGGAGGUCGGAGUGGAGAACGUCCAGACGGCAGAUUACUUCAAAGGAGUCGCCUCCUUCCUCAUCGUCAGUAUCGGCGGGACUCUGGUGGGGCUGGUCUUUGCCGUCAUCCUGGGUUUCAUCACUCGCUUCACUAAGAAGGUCCGCAUCAUCGAGCCGCUCCUCGUGGUCCUGCUGGUCUACCUGGCCUACCUGACCGCCGAGCUCUUCUCGCUGUCCGCCAUCCUGUCAAUGACCUUCUGUGGCAUUGGAGCCAAUAAAUACGUGGAGGCCAACAUUUCCCAGAAGUCUCGGACCACGGUCAAGUACACGAUGAAGACUCUGGCCAGCAUCGCUGAAACCAUCAUCUUCAUCUUCUUGGGGAUCUCGGCCGUGGACAAGACCAAGUGGGCCUGGGACACGGGCCUGGUGACCUGCACCCUCAUCUUCAUCUUCGUCUUCAGAGCCAUGGGUGUGAUCGGUCAGACCUGGGUCCUCAACCGCUUCCGCCUCGUCCCAUUGGACAAGAUCGACCAGGUGGUGAUGUCGUACGGUGGCCUGCGGGGGGCGGUGGCGUUCGCUCUGGUGGUUCUGCUCGACGGAGAGCGCGUCAAGGCCAAGGACUACUUUGUCGCCACGACGAUCGUGGUGGUGUUUUUCACGGUCAUGUUCCAGGGCCUGACCAUCAAACCUCUGGUGAAUUGGCUCAAAGUUCCUCGUUCCACCAGCAGGAAGCCGACCAUCAACGAGGAGAUCCACGAGAGGGCCUUUGAUCACAUCCUGACGGCGGUGGAGGACAUCGCAGGACUGCAGGGAUACCACCACUGGAGAGACAAGUGGGAGCAGUUUGAUAAGAACUACCUGAGUAAGCUGCUGUUGAAGAAGUCUGUGUACAGGAAGAGCGAGCUGUGGGAGGCGUAUCAGAAGAUCAACAUCCGAGACGCCAUCAGCGUCAUCGACCAGGGUGGGAACCUGACCUCAGCCAGACUGUCUCUUCCCUCCAUGGCCUCCAGAGCCUCGUUUCCUGAAGUCACCAACGUCACCAACUACCUGCGUGAGAAUGGCAGCGGUGUGUGUCUGGACCUCCAGGCGAUCGAUAACGUCCCCGGAGCCAAAGUGGAGGAGGACUCGGAGACACAUCAUGUCCUCGCAGGAAACCUGUACAAACCCAGGAGACGGUAUCAGUCUCACUACAGUCGACACUUCAUGCCUCUGGGGGAGAAGGAGCGUCAGGACCGGGAGGUUUUCCAGAGAAACAUGAAGAGUCGCAUGGAGACGUUCAAGUCCACCAGACACAAGCGACACAAGAAGGAGCGCAGCCUCAAGAAGCGGCGAGGAUCUGACUCCAAAGACGACGGCGGCGACAAACCCAGACGCAACGUCAGCUGGCAUGACAAAGAUCCCGUGGUCGUUCCUGUGGAGGAGGAGGAGGACAGAGCAGGACACUCGGACCCGGAGAAGGACGAAGACGUUGGCAUCACGUUUGUCGCUCGUCAGGUCGAGACCUCAGUGUCUCCUCCCUCAGUCCCAGCAGAUGUGGACGGGGCUCAGAGUCCCACCGCCCCCCCCUCACCCAUCAGCGGAGGCAGCCAGUUACCGUGGAAGGGUGGUGUGGGCUCCACCCCCCCCUGUGUGUCUGUGGAGGCCACAAAGGUCAUCCCCGUCGACCUCCAGCAGGCCUGGAACCAGAGCAUCUCCUCCUUGGAGAGCAUCUCCUCGCCACCGGCCCCUGUCGAGCCCGUCCACCCCCGCGUGAUCGCCCUCUCCAGACUGGGAGGGCCCCGCCCGGCCUCCUACACCCCACCCAGCAGUCUCUGGAGCAGCACCUCCUCCAUCGGACCGCAGGUGUCACAGGGCUCCUUCCUCUUCUCAGAGAAGAAGAAAAAGAAGGAGGAGGAAGAGGAGGAGGAGGAGUCGGCGGCAGCGCAGGAGUUGCAGCCGCUCAUGUCAUCUCUGAGGCCCCCCGGGUCCCUGCCCCCACCACCACCUCCUCCAGGCUCCGCCCCUGGCGCAGGGGGGAGGAGGAACCCCUGUGUCUACCUGAGAAGCCUGGUGUCAGCGCCCCCCGCAGGCAGCAGCGAGCCACACAGCCGAGGCCCCACCCAGCUGUAA